AUGACCCAAACCAACAUCCACAUCCCAAGCCUUGGAAACAGAAACACAUUCACCCGGACAUUGAGCAUAGAUGAUCUGAAGAGCUGCGUAAUCGUUGAAAGUGCAUUUACCGAGCAGGAGCGCUGUUCCGAAGAAAAGUUCCGCUACCGCCUGAGCUCAUGCCCAGAUCUCUGCCUGGGUCUAUUCCUCGACAACGACAACGAAAAGCCACCCACACUAAUCGGCCAUGUCAUCGCAGUCCGCUCACCAUAUACGAGGGUGACAGACGGCUCGAUGUCCAUGCCAGAGAAUUGGGAAUCAUUGCCGAAUGAUGAACCAGUCUUUGUGGACGGUGAGCUAAUUGGUAAUCACAAGUAUGGGGAUUCAAUUGCUAUUCAUUCUGUUGCUAUUUCGCCUGAUUAUCAGGGGAAGAGGGUUGGGAGGGCGCUUGUUAGUGCUUACACUCGGCAUCUUGAGAAGGGGUCUUUUGGAGCUAGUAGAGCUGUCCUCAUUGCUCAUGAUUACUUGGUACACUUUUAUGAGAGUGUUGGGUUUAAGAACUUGGGGUUGAGCAAGUCUAGCUUUGCUGGGGGGUUUGGUAUGAUAUGUCAUAUGAGCUUUGAGCUCUAG